AUGAAUUUUGAAUACAAACCAGUAUUGAAACCAUUAAAAGUUUAUUUCGUUAAUCCUCUAGCUCCAGCAUCUCAAUUAGCAAUAGUGAAAAUCAUGUCUGGUUUAGUAUUCGGCAAUGAGCAGUCGAUUGAUAUGACUCUGGUAGUUUACUCUAAUGAGAUAAAAUCUGCUGAAGCUUUUGGAUUGGAAAUAGAAUCAUGUGCCUUUUCAUGUACUAAUUCGAUAAAAGUGUCUUCUGAUUUGCCUUGCGUUUCAGAUGCUGAUGUUAUUUGUUUUAUAACAAAUUUUAGUAACCCAAAUUAUUUUGGUUUGGAAGUGUCUGAGGAGGAAUUUGAUGCUUUAUAUCUUACAAUAAAAGUAGCUCUUAGUUUGAAGUGGGCAGUUAAUAAAGGGAAUACAUUAGAAACGUACAAAGAAGAACCAAACUUAAAGAUGGUUGAACACGAUCAACCAAACCCCGUAUUCAUGACCGAUGGCUUAGUGGCAACAGAUAUUAUUAAAACACUAUCCAACAAUUUGCCUCACAAUAUCUUAUUCUAUCCAACGCCUUUAACAGCAAUCGCUAAGUCCGUUCUAAGUGAUUAUUUAGACAUACCCUGCAAAGUAAUCAAUGAUAUUUUUGUUUGGGCCGCUAAUGACAAAGUAUUUCACAUUGAAGUGCAAAAACCUUUGAUAAUUGAUGACAGCAUAGAAACAAAAUCGAAGUGUGAUUGGGAUAUGGUUGGAAAAGAUUUAUUAAAAACUUUUGAUUUAGAUUCAACCCAAUUAAGUGCUUCUUGGUUAAAGAAGGAUUUUAUUGAAAAAGUAAGCGACCAGCUGAAUGGGACCUAUAUUCAUCAAUUGCGCUUCCGUUCAUGUAUCGAAUUAGUACUAGGGUUGGCAACCGAGAGGGUGGCUAGGGGCUCAAAUUUAAAUGGUGGGGGAAGGUGUGGUGUAGCAAUUCGUCUCGUCAGUCCAGUUCUAGCUUAUCGAACAUUCCACACUGGGCUGGCACAUGUUAACUGA